UCGGAAAGUAAAUUUAAGGGAGAGCAGACGUCGCUAAAUUUUCUUUUUAAAUUAACAUUUAAUUAAACAUAUUAAAUAUAAAAUUAAGAAAACUUAUUGUGCUUUAACUGUUUGUUUUUAUCGUGUGUUGGAAAUUGUAAAGAAAACGUAUAAAGUUAAUGUAAUUUAGUUGGUUGUUUUGCUACCAUAUUUCUUACUGUGUGUGUGUAUUAAUUAUAAUUAACAAAUUUAUUAAUUUUCUGCGCAUUUUUAUCUCUUUUUUUUUUGUUAUACGUCUCUGCUGUCCUGUUAUUGUUGUCAUUGCCGUUUUAAUGCCCCCUUCCUACAUACAACACUCUAUGUGUUGUUGUUGAUAUUCUUAAAAAAAAAACUCAUCCAUAUGUUAUUGCUGCGUGUUGCAUGAUUAAAUCUCGGUCAAUAGUAGCUACAAGCAAGACACCGCUAAAUUUAAAUUUAACAAUAGAAUUUAAUUGUGAAAAAGAAUAAAUAGUACGUUUAAAAACAAAAAGAAUUUUCAUCGAUUGCGUACAAUAGUUCAGUUAUACCUAUUUUGUUCCGAGUGUGUGAAAAUUACAACAGCAUCAAACUGGCGGAGAAAAAGAUGCAAAUGGCUUUAUGCCAAUCUUCAGUGCUUAAAGUUUACCAUGCCGUUAUUGAGGAUGUGAUAGCUAAUGUUCGUGACGCCUUUCUCGAUGAGGGUGUUGACGAGCAAGUGCUACAGGAAAUGAAACAGAUAUGGCGCUCAAAAUUAAUGGCCAGCAAAGCGGUCGAAAUCAAUCCAGAUCCACCAGAAACACAACCACCACUAAUUGUUUCAAACAAUCCAAAGCCUACCAAGGCCCAAGCAGCGAAGGCAAAGAAGGCAGCGGCUGCUGCUGCUGCAGCUUCACAACAGCAACAACAACAGCAGCAGCAACAACAAAUCAAUAAUAACGGUACUGCUCAAAACUCAACAACAACCGGUGUGGGUGCGAAUACCUCAGCUGAUGUUAAACCAAAUAUAGCUAAUUUACAACAAGCCACCAAUGGACCCACAACAACAGCUGGCUCAUCGUCUAAUGUUACAAAUACAACUAUAAUGAAUGGUACAAUUAAACAAGAACCUGUACAACAACAGCAGCCACAACAAAUGCAAACGAGUCAAAGUCAACCACCACCAUUACAUCCUACCUCAUCUAAUUCGGCUAUGAUAUUACAACAACAAAAGCAACAACAACAGCAACAACAGCAGCAGCAACAAGUUGGUGGCACAAAUCAACAGCAACCAGCUGCUGGCAGUAGCAACAAUCAGCAGCAAUCUUCUACUAUACCCAUCGUUGCCGCUUUAGAUCCAAAUCGUAUUAUGCCUGUCAAUAUCACAUUGCCUGCUCAACCCGGUACCAUGAAUUCUGAAUCUCGAGUACUGACCAUACAUGUGCCUGCCUCUGCAUUGCAAGAAAAUCAAUUGACACAGAUUUUAACGGCUCAUUUAAUAUCAUCAAUAAUGUCACUGCCCACAACAUUGGCCUCGUCCGUAUUGCAACAACAUGUUAAUGCUGCACUCGUUAAUGCCAAUAUGCAAAAAAAUUUCAAUACAUCUAAACAAAUGGAUGGUGCUCUCGAUACGUCCGAUGAAGAUGAAAGCGAGGAGAGUGAUGCUAAUAUUGAUGACGAUGACAAUGAUGACCUGGAUAAGGAUGAUGAAUCCGAUAUUGAAAAUGAAGGUGGUGCUGAGGAAGAACCUCUCAAUAGUGAAGACGAUGUUACCGAUGAAGAUGCUACUGAUCUAUUUGAUACCGAGAAUGUUAUAGUUUGUCAAUACGAUAAGAUCACUCGCUCGCGUAACAAGUGGAAAUUCUAUUUAAAAGAUGGUAUAAUGAAUAUUGGUGGGAAGGAUUAUGUUUUUCAAAAAUCUAACGGUGAUGCUGAAUGGUAGUUUCUAUCUUUAAUAUACAUAUAACUUUAUUAUUUCUUUCUUAACACAAUAAAUUACUUAAUUUUUCUUUUGUGCUCAUAAUUUAAAAGAAUUAAAAUUUAUUUCUUGAUAUGGUGAAAAAAAAAACAAAACAUAAAUAAACAAAUCAAAAUAUUUAGUUGUAAAAUACGUCUCCUAUUUAUCUUUAAAAUGCAAACUUUAAAAAAGACAUGAAAAGCAACUUUUCGGUAGGCAUUUCUGCAAAUUGUUUUUUUUUUAAUCUAUUUCUUCACAUACAUACAUGAUAUACGUACAAUUUACAUUUUGUAUAACAUUUUUUUUUGUUCAAUCCAUCUUCAAUUGUUUAUACUUAUACUUACACUUUUGUUUUUCAUUGGUUAUAUUCUAUAGGUUAAUAAUAAACAUUAUAUUACUAUUAUUUAAAUAAAUGCAAAAACAAAAAUAUAA